AUGCCUGUUCUCAUCCCCAUUUCCUCCUGGUUGUCCUCCUGUGCUGUCUUUCUCUCGCUCCUUGACAGGAUGUGAGGCCAAUGAAGCCUGGGACAAUUGUCAAGCCAAAGUCCAAGAUCUCGGCCUCCAGAAAAUUGUCCCUGAAGAUCCUCCUGCUUCAGCGGGCGAUGGAGAGUCUUGAGCAGGAGAAGGUGAACCGUGAUGAGGAGAAAGUGAAAUACCUGGGAGACAGACUCCAGCCCCUACAGCUGUCGGGGAUGACAAUGGAUGAUCUACAGAAACUGUGUAAGCAGCUCCAUGCCAAAAUCGAUGUUGUUGAUGAGGAGCGGUACGACUGUGAAGCGAAAGUUAUGAAAAACGGCAAAGAUAUCCAUGAGCUGAAACUGAAGGUCCAGGACCUGGGAGGUAAGUUCAAGAAGCCGGCCCUGAGAAAGGUGCGUGUGUCAGCUGAGGAGAUGAUGAAGGCCCUGCUGGGCUCCAAGCAUAAGGGCACCAUGGACCUCCGCUCCAACCUCAAGUCCGUCAAGAAAGAGGAGAUCAAAGCAAAGGACACAGCAGAAGCCGGAGACUGGCGUAAGAACGUGGAGGCCAUGUCUGGCAUGGAGGGCAGGAAGAAGAUGUUCGACGCCUCUGGUGGUGCUCAGUGAGGGGUCACAUGACCACAAGGGGAGGAGUCAGGGAGGAUGGCCACACGGCACAUUUUGGGAGUGUCAGUGCAACACUUAGAGGGCGUAGAACGCUUCUAGUAUCUCUCUUAAGGCGCAAAGCUGAACAAAAUUACAGACAAACCGAAGCACUCACUUGAUUUUAAGUACUCCUGUUUUUUUGCUUUUGUUUUGUUCAAUUUACUGGAUCGAGUUGGUCCUACACUCCAAGUGUUGAAUUAACACCACAAAAUAUUGUAUGUGGAAAGGAGAGUAAAAGAUAGCAGAGUGGAGGAAAAGGAGGAGAACGAUAAAUACAUUACGGAACAAAAAGACAAUAUAUAGAAGCAACCUUGAACUAAAUGCUAAGCUAUUGCCAGGAGAGAGAUGCUGUCUUAAGUUGCUGUCUUUGCUACUAGGUAGGUACCUGUGCAGUAAGUGCAUGUGAAUGAGACAGAACCAAAUGGAGCUUAAAUGAACAUGAGAGUUAGGCCCUCCGCAAACCGGUUCCGACAGCACUCUGGAGCACUAUCGGUUCUGAAAUUUAAAAAAAAAUAAAAGUGAGUGUGUAACACGGAGGGUAAUGUGAACUGACUGGAGAUUUUACGGUUGGCAAGGCUAGACUUACUCUCUUCCCUUUCUCUCUCAUCCUCCUCCCCUGUGUCUUUGCACAGGUAGCUUUACAACCAUUUUAAGUCUUUUCUUUCUUUUUUUAGCUGACCAGACAUUGGUAAUAAACACUACAUACAUACAUGCACAUUGCUUUUCGAUUUGUGGAUAUAAAUAUCCUAAUAAAACAUGUAAAUAAUCUUU